UACAAGAUGUGGAGAAACCAAUGCUACACACUCGGCAGUUUUUGAAUAUUGGUGACUGUUCUUCACUUUCAGAGGGUUAUACAGAAAAGGUUGAAAAGAAAACAUUAGACAGAAGCCUGGCAUGUGAGAAAAAGAAUAUUGUUGAAGGUGAAAUGAACACAAAAAUAGCAUUGCAUGAAGCAAAAUGCAUAGAAGAUCAAGCAUCUGAGGUUACUUGCAGAAGAGCUAAAGUAUCCAUAAGAGCACGAUCAGAUUUUUCUUUGAUGGGAGAUGGAUGCCAAUGGAGAAAGUACGGACAAAAGACUGCCAAAGGCAACCCUUGUCCCCGAGCCUACUACCGUUGCAGCAUGGGAACUGCAUGUCCAGUUCGUAAGCAGGUUUCUGUCCCAAAAUCUUAAAAAAACCUUAAAUUAUCACAAAAACAAUGUUCAAG